GCUGCUAACAGCUCCAGUCUCCCGAUGCAACUCCUGAUCUCAAAAGGGCUCUUUGAGGAUAGCAAGUGGGACAGCGAGCGCUGUGGAACUGACUAAACACCUGUGGAAGCCAUGGAGAGCAGUCCAAGAGCUGGCCGGAAGACCAGGAAGCUGGGAUCCAGACGUCGGCAUCAGAUCAGGGAGGUCGCUGAUGAGGAUGCUCCUCCAGCCCCUGACACUGAGCUGUGGCCCUCCCAGGCCAUGGAGGAGCUACAGGAUUUCUUCCGGGAAUGUGGAGCUGAACAUAAGGGUUUCAUCACCCGGGAAGAUCUCGGGAAGGCAAAGUUCAGCUUCCUGAGCAGCCCUGGAGAGCUAGAGCUAAUCUUUGAUUGGAUGGAUCCAGAGAGGAAAGGAAGCCUCACACCCAAGGAAUUUACCUCUGGACUCAAGAAUGUCUUCAGCUCCCAAACCAGGAUCUCAGGGCCGAGGAAGAGGAAGACCAGGACGUGGAUCUUCUCCAAGGAGGAGCCUACCAGCUUCCAGGCCCUGGAGGAAGUUGACCCAGAAGAGAGGAGAUGGUUCCUAUCCUUCAUGGAGCAGCUGGGGGCCAACCAUUUAUCUCUUGAUCAGGCAGAAGUCUGGCAGCUGUGGAAAAAACUCCGGCAGGAGGAGCCCCACUUGGUGGGCAAUCUGGAGGGUUUCCUGGCCAAGGCGACCAGUCAUCUUCAGGAGACUCGGGCUGAGAAGGAGGCUCUGCAGAUGACCCUGAAAAAAUGUGAUGAUGACCACCAUCGUGAGGUCCGACAGCUCUAUGAGGAGAUGGAACAGCAGAUUCACAGUGAGAAGCAGCGACUGCAGGCAGCGAGUGACACUCAGGGCCUGGUCUACAGUUCCAUGAUGCACCAAGCUCUAGAGUCCAAGGAACAGGAGGUGCAACACCUAGCCGAGGGCCAGAAAGAGUUGGAGGCCCAGAUUGACCUGCUGAAAAGCAAGCGUCAAGAGGUCAGCAAGGAAAACCAGAGACUCCAGGAAACCCAGAGGGACCUGACCGGGAGAUUGGAGCAGGUCCAAGGGCAGCUGAAAGUGACCAAGGGACACCUGAAGCAAGCAAAGGGCCAAGUUUCCUGGCAGGUGGAAGAAGAGACCAGCCUCCCUAGUGAUCCUCUGGUUGGCCCAAAGAAUACCUCAGACUCCCAACACCUUACCUUAUUUCCUGAGGAAGAUCCACUGCCAUCACUGUUUGAGGAAGGUGAUUGGAGUCAGCUCCUGAGUAAUUUCACCAGCCCCCUGACAGGAAACAUCACCCAGGUCUCCUGGAGCCCGCCCCCUACCCCAACUUCCCUGCAGGGACACCAUAGGCCCCGAGUGGUCAGGCAGAUCUCCAUCACUAAACCAAAGUCCUGGCAGCUCAAUCAGGAGUCUCCUUCAGACUCAGAAGUGCCUCCAAGGAGCCCCCUUGGGCCAUCGGCAGCCCCUGAUGUUGGGCCAGAGCUCAGCACUGCUACUGAGCCAAGGCCCGAAGAGACUUUCCAGUGGGACUUUCAAAGAGUAGCUUCUGGGGAGCCAGCAAUAAGUACCAGGGCACAGGCAGUUCCUGUGUUAGGAGAUUCCCUGCCUAGUCAGGGCCUGGCUGGGUCUGGUAAGGGGAUUGGGGAUACAGAUGGAGAUGAGGUGGGGCAGGGAGAUGGGCCCAUUUCAGAUCUGCUCUCUAAGGGCUCUGGCUCAGAGGAGUCCCUGCAGACAUUGGGGCCCUCUGCAUAUGUGCAGGCCAAAGCCUGGGAAGUGGGUCCAAAGGAGACACCUCAUCUAGGUCUGCAUCUAGCUGUCUUGGAGCAAGAAGUGGGGUCCUGGGGAAAGGAAGUAUUCACACCUGGACCAGAUGUGUCUGUUGAGACUCCUGAGCUAGUGCUGAUGCAAGAAAGCAUUCCCAUGAGGGAGCCAGAACAAGAGAAAAUGAACACAGAUGGGUGGGAGAUUGGGGUCAGUCAACAGAAUGAUAUUUCUGGGCAGGAAACUGGGCUCAGAGACUCACCUGGGCUAGAUGUGGGGGAGGUUCCUGGUGAGGAAGCCAGGAAUGCAGAAUCACCUGAGCCAGAUGUGGAUGAGGUUCCUGGUGAGGAAGCCAGGAGCCCAGAAUCACCUGGGCCAGAUGUGGGGGAAGUUCCUGGUGAGGAGGCCAGGAACCCAGAAUCACCUGGGCCAGAUGUGGGGGAGGUUCCUGGUGAGGAGGCCAGGAACCCAGAAUCACCUGGGCCAGAUGUGGGGGAGGCUCUUGGUGAGGAGGCCAGGAACCCAGAAUCACCUGGGCCAGAUGUGGAUGAGGUUCCUGGUGAGGAAGCCAGGAACCCAGAAUCACCUGAGCCAGAUGUGGGGGAGGCUCCUGGUGAGGAAGCCAGGAGUCCAGAAUCACCUGGGCCAAAUGUGGGGGAGGUUCCUGGUGAGGAAGCCAGGAGCCCAGAAUCACCUGAGCCAGAUGUGGAUGAGGUUCCUGGUGAGGAAGCCAGCAAACCAGAAUCACCUGAGCCAGAUGUGGGGGAGGCUCUUGGUGAGGAAGCCAGGAACCCAGAAUCACCCGGGCCAGAUGUGGAUGAGGUUCCUGGUGAGGAAGCCAGGAACCCAGAAUCACCUGAGCCAGAUGUGGGGGAGGCUCUUGGUGAGGAAGCCAGGAGCGCAGAAUCACCUGAGCCAGAUGUGGGUGAAGUUCCGGGGGAGGAAUCCAGACUCACAAAGUCACCUAGGCCAGAUGUGGAAAAUGCUCCCAGUCAGGAAGCUGAACUUACAGAGUCACCUGGACCAGAUAUAGGUAAUCCCCAUGCACAGGAAACCAGUCAUACAGAAUCACCCAGACCAGAUGUAGAUGGUGUUCUGAGUCAGGGAGAUCAGAUCUUAAAAUCACUUGACUUAGAUGUGGGAAAAGCUCCUGGCCAGGAGUCCCAGCUCAUGGAUUUAGGCAGAGUCAUGCAGCGCCCUGGGACAGACAUGGGAAAUGAUUCUGAAAAGCAAACUGAGCUCAUGUCUCCUAGAGCAGAUGCAGAUGAUUCCUCUGGUCAGGAAGUUGGGGUCCUGGGGGUAGCCAAGUUGGAUUUGGGAAAUGCUCCUUGUGAGGAAGUCAGGCCCCUAGAAUCACCCGAGCUAGAGAGAAAUAAUCACUCAGGCCAAGAAAUUGGGCUCCUCCAGUCACCUGGUCCAGAUAUGGAUGUUUAUCCUAGCUAUGGAGCAAGGCUCUUAGGGUCAUACCAGCCAGGUGUAGGUGAUGCUGCAGAGUUACACAGGCUGACUGUGAGAAAUGUACCUGAUCAGGAAGCUAGAUUCAUGACACCAUUUGAGACGGAUGCUCCUAGCCAGGAAGCUGGACUCACAGGGUCACCUGGGCCAGAGGGGGAUGAUUUUCCUGGCCAGGAAACCAGGUUUAUGGAGUCAUGGGAGACAGACAUCAGAGACACUUCUGGGCAGAAGGCUCAGGUUUUUCACUCACCUGGCCUAGAUGUGGGAGAGACUCUUAGACAGAAAAAUAGACUCAUGAGCUCACCUGGGCCAGAUCUGGCAGAUGCUACUAGUCAGGAAGCCUGGACAGAUGUAGGUGAUACUGCUGUUCAGGAAGCUAGAGUCACAGAGUUGUGUAAGGGUGAUGUGGGAAAUGCUUCUGAUCAGGGAUCUGGGCUCAUAGAGUCACCUGAGCUACAUGUAGAAGAUAGUCCUGCUCAGGAAAAUGGGUUUAUUGAAUCAGGUGAAACAGUGAUGGAAGAUCCUUCUGGUCAGGAAGCUGAGAUUCUGUAUUUACCUGGCUUAGAUUUGGGUGAUGUUUCUGGCCAGGAAGACAGGUCAGAUAUGAGUGAUGUAACCAUUCAGGAAGCUGGACUCAUGAAUUCACCAGUGAUAGAUCUAGCAAAUUCUCCUGGUCAGGAAGACAAAUUCAUGGAGUUACCUGAGACAGAUGUGGGUCUGACUGCUAUUCAAGAAUCUGAACUCAUAGAUAUAGAAUCUGGGCAGGAUGUGGGGGACACUCUUGGCCAGGAAACCAGGCCCUCUGAGUCACUCAGACCUGAUGUAGGUGGUAUCUCUCUGUAUUCACCUGGCCUAGAUGUAGGGGAUGCUCUUAGUCAGGAAGCUAGGCUCAUUGAGCCACCCAGAAUGGAUGUAGAUGAUUUUACUGUUCAGGCACCUGGGGUCACACCCUUGUCUGAGGUUGAUGUGGGAAAUGCUUCUGAUCAAGAGACUAGGUUUACAAGAUCACCUAGGAUGGAUGUGCCUAGUGGGGAAACUGGGCUAAUAGAGUCACCUGAGCCAGAGAUGGGAAAUGCUAGUGGUCAGGAAGCUAGGUUUAUGGAAUUGUGUGAAACAGAUGUGGGGGAUGCUGAGAUUCCUGAAAUUGUGUAUUCACCAGUCCCAGAUAUGAUUAAUUCUACUGAUAAGGAAGCUGAGCUCAAGGAGUUACCAGUGCUAGAUCUGGGAGAGACAACUGGCCAGGAAGUCAGGUCCAUGGAGUCACCUGAGGCAGGUGUGGAUGAUGGGUCUAUUCAGGUAACUGAGCAGACAGGGUCACCUGGGACAGAUGUGAAGGAUGCUCCUGGUCAGGAAGUUGAGUUUAGAGAAUCUUAUGAGACAGAAAUGAGAGAGGCAUUGCAUGAAGAAGUUGAGUUUGUCCCAGAUGGGGGUGAUGCAGUUACUGGUCAGGGAAUUCUGCUUCCAGAGACAUAUGAUCCAGAUGUGGAUGAUGCUUCUAGUCCUGCUCAGGAGGCUGGACUUAUAGGAUCAUAUGGACCAGAAAUGGGUGAUGUGCCUGGUUGGGAAGCUGAGAUCAUUCACUCUCCUGACCCAGAUAGGUGUGAUGCUUUUGGUCAGGAAGCUGAGUUUGGGGAAUUGUGUGAGACAGAUGUGAGAGAUGCUGAAAUUGCUGAGAUUGCAUAUUCACCAGUCCCAGAUAUGAGCGAUGCUGCUGGUCAGGAAGCUGGGCUCCAGGAGUUGUCAGUGCUGGAUCUGGGAGAGGCUCCUGGUCAGGAAGGCAGGUUCAUGGAGUCACCUGAGGCAGGUGUGGAUGAUGGGUCUAUUCAGGUAACUGACCAGACAGUGUCACCUGGGACAGAUGUGAAGGAUGCUCCUGGUCAGGAAGUUGAGUUUAGAGAAUCUUAUGAGUCAGAUAUGAGAGAGGCAUUGAGUGAAGAAGUUGAGUUUGUCCCAGAUGGGGAUGAUGCAGUUACUGGUCAGGGAAUUCUGAUGAUAGAGACACAAGAGCCAGAUGUGAGUGAUGUUUCUAGUCCUGCUCAGGUGGCUGGACUUAUAGAAUCAUAUGGACCAGAAAUGGGUUCUAGCCAGGAAGCUGUCCCAGACAGGUGUGAUGCUUUUGGUCAGGAAGCUGAGUUUAUAGAAUUAUGUGAGACAGAUGUGGGAGAUGCUGAAAUUGCUGAUAUGGUGUAUUCACCAGUCCCCGAUAUGAGCGAUGCUGCUGGUCAGGAAGCUGGGCUCCAGGAGUUGUCAGUGCUGGAUCUGGAAGGGGCUCCUGGUCAGGAAGGCAGGUUCAGGGAGUCACCUGAGGCAGGUGUGGAUGAUGGGUCUAUUCAGGUAAUUGAGCAGACAGGGUCACCCGGGCCAGAUGUGAAGGAUACUCUUGGUCAGGAAGAUGGGUUUAGAGAAUCUUAUGAGGCAGAUAUGAGAGAUCCAUUGGACAAGGAGGUUGAGUUUCUGCACUCAGUUGGCCCAGAUGGGGGUGAUGCUUCUAGUGCUGGUCAGAUAGUUGAACGCAUAGAAUCAUAUGGACCAGCAAUGAGUGAUACUCUUAGUCAGGAAACUGAGAUCAUGCACUCACCUGUCCCAGACAGGUGUGAUGCUUUUGGUCAGGAAGCUGAGUUUAUAGAAUUGUGUGAGACAGAUGUGGGAGAUGCUGAAAUUGCUGAUAUUAUGUAUUCACCAGCCCCAGAUAUGAGCGAUGCUGCUGGUCAGGAAGCUGGGCUCCAGGAGUCAUCAGUGCUGGAUCUGGAAGGAGCUCCUGGUCAGGAAGGCAGGUCCAUGGAGUCACCUGAGGCAGGUGUGGAUGAUGGGUCUAAUCAUCAAGUUGGGCAGACAAAAUCAUUUGGGUCAGAUGUGAAAGAUGUUCCUGGUCAGGAAGUUGAGUUUAGAGAAUCUUUUGAGACAGAUAUGAGAGAGGAAUUGGGUGAAGUUGAGUUUGUCCCAGAUAGGGGUGAUGCAGUUACUGGUCAGGGAAUUCUGAUGCCAGAGACACAAGCACCAGAUGUGGGUGAUGCUUCUAGUCCUGCUCAGAUAACUGGAUAUAUAGAAUCAUAUGGACCAGAAAUGGGUGUUAUGCCUAGUCAGGAAGCUGAGACCAUGCACUCACCUGGCCCAGAUAGGUGUGAUGCUAUUCAGGAAUCUAAGUUUAUGGAAUUGUGUGAGACAGAUGUGGGAGAUGCUGAGAUUCCUGAGAUUGUGUAUUCACUAGUCCUAGAUAUGAGUGAUUCUACUGAUAAGGAAUCUGGGGAUGUGGAGUUAUAUAUGAGUGAGAACCCUAUCCAGGAAGCCAGAGUCUUGGAGUCACUUGAAACAGAUGUGGGUGAUGGUCCUGGUCAAGAAGUCAUGACUAGUGAGUCAUAUGAGGCAGAUGUGGGAAAUGCUUCUAUUCAGGAUUCUGAAAUUUUUCACUCACCUGGGCCAGGUGUGAGUGAUUCUGCUGGCCUGGAAGCUGAGAGCAUGCAUUCACCUGGCCCAUUUGUGGGAGAUUCUCCUGGCCAGGAAGCUGGGGUCUCAGAAUUUCACAGGCCAGAUGUGGGAAAUGCUUUUGACCAGGAAUCCAGAUUCAUGCCAUCAUCUGAAACAGAUGCUAGUGAUGCUGCUGGUCAGGAAGCUGGGCUCCAAGAGUCAUCAGUGGUAGAUCUGGGAGAGGCUCCUGGUCAGGAAGGCAGGUUCGUGGAGUCACCUGAGGCAGGUGUGGAUGAUGAGUCUAAUCAUCAGGUUGGGCAGACCGGAUCAGUUGGGCCAGAUGUGAGGGAUGCUCUUGGGAAAGAAGGUGGGUUUAGGGAGUCUUGGGAGAUAGAUGAGGAAGAUACUUUUCGGCUGAUGGAGGCACCAGUGCCAGGUCUGGGAGAGACUACUGGCCAGGAAGGCAGGUCCAUGGAGUCACCUGAGGCAGGUGUAGAUAAUGGGUCUAGUCAAGUAACUGAGCACACAGGGUCACCUGGGCCAGAUGUGAAGGAUACUCUUGGUCAGGAAGCUGGGUUUAGGGAAUCUUAUGAGACAGAUAUGAGAGAGGCAUUGAGUGAAGAAGUUGAGUUUGACCCAGAUGGGGGUGAUGCAGUUACUGGUCAAGGAAUUCUGAUUCCAGAGACAUAUGAUCCAGAUGUGGAUGAUGCUUCUAGUCCUGCUCAGGAGGCUGGACUUAUAGGAUCAUAUGGACCAGAAAUGGGUGAUGUGCCUGGUUGGAAAGCUGAGAUCAUGCACUCACUUGGCCCAGAUAGGUGUGAUGCUUUUGGUCAGGAAGCUAAAUUUGAAGAAUUGUGUGAGACAGAAGAGGAAGAUGCUGAAAUUGCUGAUAUGGUGUAUUCACCAGUCCCAGAUAUGAGCGAUGCUGCUGGUCAGGAAGCUGGGCUCAAGGAGUCAUCAGUGCUGGAUCUGGAAGGAGCUCCUGGUCAAGAAGACAGGUCCAUGGAGUCACCUGAGGCAGGUGUGGAUGAUGGGUCUAAUCAUCAAGUUGGGCAGACAAAAUCAUUCGGGUCAGAUGUGAAAGAUGCUCCUGGUCAGGAAGUUGAAUUUAGAGAAUCUUUUGAGACAGAUAUGAGAGAGGAAUUGGGUGAAGAAGUUGAGUUUGUUCCAGAUAGGGGUGAUACAGUUACUGGUCAGGGAAUUCUGAUGCCAGAGACACAAGCACCAGAUGUGGGUGAUGCUUCUAGUCCUGCUCAGAUAACUGGAUGUAUAGAAUCAUAUGAACCAGAAAUAGGUGAUAUGCCUACUCAGGAAGCUGAGAGCAUGCAUUCUCCUGGCCCAUUUGUGGGAGAUUCUUCUGGUCAGGAAGCUGGGGUCUCAGAAUUGCAUAGGUCAGAUGUGGGAAAUGCUUUUGACCAGGAAUCCAGAUUCAUGCCAUCAUCUGAGACAGAUGCAAGUGAUGCUGCUGGUCAAGAAGCUGGGUUUAGAGUAUCUUGUGAGAUAGAUAUGAGAGAUGCAUUGGGUGAAGAAGUUGAGUUUGUACCAGAUGGGGGUGAUGCAGUUACUGGUCAAGGAAUUCUGAUUCCGGAGACACACGAGCCAGAUGUAAGUGAUGCUUCUAGUCCUGCUCAGGUGGCUGGACUUAUAGAAUCAUAUGGACCAGAAAUGGGUGAUGUGCCUGGUUGGGAAGCUGAGAUCAUUCACUCUUCUGACCCAGAUAGGUGUGAUGCUUUUGGUCAGGAAGCUGAGUUUGGGGAAUUGUGUGAGACAGAUGUGGGAGAUGCUGAAAUUGCUGAGAUUGCAUAUUCACCAGUCCCAGAUAUGAGCGAUGCUGCUGGUCAGGAAGCUGGGCUCCAGGAGUUGUCAGUGCUGGAUCUGGAAGGGGCUCCUGGUCAGGAAGGCAGGUUCAUGGAGUCACCUGAGGCAGGUGUGGAUGAUGAGUCUAAUCAUCAGGUUGGGCAGACCGGAUCAGUUGGGCCAGAUGUGAGGGAUGCUCUUGGGAAAGAAGGUGGGUUUAGGGAGUCUUGGGAGAUAGAUGAGGAAGAUACUUUUCGGCUGAUGGAGGCACCAGUGCCAGGUCUGGGAGAGACUACUGGCCAGGAAGGCAGGUCCAUGGAGUCACCUGAGGCAGGUGUAGAUAAUGGGUCUAGUCAAGUAACUGAGCACACAGGGUCACCUGGGCCAGAUGUGAAGGAUACUCUUGGUCAGGAAGCUGGGUUUAGGGAAUCUUAUGAGACAGAUAUGAGAGAGGCAUUGAGUGAAGAAGUUGAGUUUGACCCAAAUGGGGAUGAUGCAGUUACUGGUCAGGGAAUUCUGAUGCUAGAGAAACAAGAGCCAGAUGUGAGUGAUGUUUCUAGUCCUGCUCAGGUGGCUGGACUUAUAGACUCAUAUGGACCAGAAAUGGGUUCUAGCCAGGAAGCUGUCCCAGACAGGUGUGAUGCUUUUGGUCAGGAAGCUGAGUUUAUAGAAUUAUGUGAGACAGAUGUGGGAGAUGCUGAAAUUGCUGAUAUGGUGUAUUCACCAGUCCCCGAUAUGAGCGAUGCUGCUGGUCAGGAAGCUGGGUUCCAGGAGUCGUCAGUGCUGGAUCUGGAAGGGGCUCCUGGUCAGGAAGGCAGGUUCAAGGAGUCACCUGAGACUGGUGUGGAUGACUGGUCUUGCCAACAGGCUGGGCAGACAGGGUCACCUGGGCCAGAUGUGAGGGAUGUUCCUGGUCAGGAAGCUGAGAUUUUGUACUCCCCCAGCCCAGGUAUGGGUGAUGAUCCUCAUCAGGGAACUGACAGGCUCAUGGACUCCUCUAGGCCAGUAGUGAAUAUUCUUUCUGAUGAGGAAGUCCAACUCCCAGAAUCACCUUGGCCAAGUGUAGGGGAUGUUCCUGAGGAAAAACCUGGCGAUGUAGAGUCCCCCAGGCCAGAUGUACUGCCUGUCGUUCCAGAAUGUGGAGGACUCCAGGACCAGAACCCAGAAGUUGUGUGGAGAGCCGAGGAUAGGGGACCCCAGAGGCAAGCCCAGCAAGGGCCCUUGCUCCUCAGUGAUCCUUCUGGGAACACACUUGGCCCUCGGGAUUCAGGACAGGCUCUUUCCAUCCCAGUGGAGGGGGAAGGAGUACAGUCCAGAGCCAGAGCCCCAGGAGGACAAAUGAUACCCCCUUCCUCUGAGUCAAGGGAAGAAAAGGGGUCAGGAGUUGCUAAGGAACCCAGACCUCCAAUCAAAGCCAGGGCAGCUGGAGCCAGCCCAGGAAGAGAAACUCCUGACCCUGAUUACCUCUUCCACGUUCUUUUCCUGGGAGAUUCCAACGUGGGCAAAACAUCAUUUCUGCACUUGUUACAUCAUGAUUCCUUUGCCUCCGGCCUGACAGCAACUGUAGGGAUGGAUUAUCGGAUCAAAAACCUGGUGGUGGAUAACAGACGGUUUGCGCUGCAGCUUUGGGACACAGCCGGGCAGGAGAGGUACCACAGCAUAACCAAGCAGUUUCUCCGGAAGGCCGAUGGUAUUGUGCUCAUGUAUGAUGUCACCUGCCCAGGAAGCUUCACCCACGUGCGAUACUGGCUGGACUGCAUCCAGGAAGCAGGACCUGAUGAUGUUGCUAUCCUCCUCCUUGGGAACAAGACAGACCUUGUGGAGGAGAGGCAGGUGUCCACAGAGGCCGGACAGCUCCUAGCCAAGGAAAUUGGGGUUAUCUUCGGGGAAUGCAGUGCUGUCUUGGGACAUAACAUCUUAGAGCCCAUCGUGACAUUAGCCAGGGCAAUGAAAGAACUGGACACCAAGUUGAAACAGAGUGUGGUGGAGUUGGAGAAGGAGGUGGAGAAGAAGAAGGCUGGCUGUUGCUCCUGAGCCCCGUGGACCUGGCAGGCUUUGAGGGGCCAGUGGUACUUGAAGGUGGCAGAACUCAAUCCCUUCUCCUUCCUACCUGACUUUGACAACCAACAACAGCAAGGAAAACCUUGGAAAAUCAUGGAUCUUGAGCUCAAAGAAAAGAUUGUCCAUGAAGCAUUUUUUUAAAUGCACAGAAGAAAGCAGAAGGAUAUUUGGGUGAGCAGGGCAGUGUUGCAUCCUUUUGUGUUAAACUUAAUACAGAUUUUAAAAGAAUUGUAUGGAACAAGUUCAGUUUCACAUGUAAUCCUUUUUCUAGUCUUCUUUGUAUAUUGAAAUAUAUGUUU